AUGGGUAGGUUGGAUUAUCAGGUCUUAAGAGGAAGUACUAAGUACUCUAAGUACUUCGCUUUGAGAGUGUUUUUUGAGUUCGGACACCAGGAAGAGCAGUGGCGUCAGGUGAAAGAACUCAUUUGGAAGGAGGCGUACAAGACCGUCUCGUCCUGGUUCUGCUGGUGCAGCUUCGACUGUUGUGGCAAGGUGGAGGGAAUCCCAUUGGACGAGUAUGAGACUGACUUCGAGUCAGACUCAGAGGCCGCUGUCAUCCGCUGA